CUUUCCUCUUCCAUGGAGUCUCUCUUUACUUCGAAGCUGGACACGAGCUACGUGCCCACCGACGCUGAAAUCCGUCAGAUUCAAAGCAAUCUGGCGCCGCUUAUCCUCGAAAUGGCUUCCCUCGACGAACAGCUGGCUGUCCUCUUGCAACGCCGCGAGGAGCUUGAAACCUACAUCGAGGCGCAUCAAGGUUUCAUAUCUGUGUCCCGCCGCCUUCCGCAAGACAUUCUGGAAGAAAUCUUCGUUGCGUGCCUUCCGACGACAAGACAUUGCGCUGCCGUUGUGGUCGAGGCCCCACUGCUUCUGACACACGUCUGCUCCUCCUGGCGCACGAUUGCGCUGGCGCUGCCCCGGCUGUGGGCUAGUCUCCAUGUCUCCUUCUCGUAUUUUGCGGGGUACACCGACCGGACGCAUGUGCUGGCCGAAUGGCUGCAACGGUCGGGGUCAUGCGGCCUGGCGCUGUCGUUCUGUGCGGAAUUUCCUCCCGGCUCUAGGAUCGACUACGAAAACGUGACGGAGGAGCAUUUGGAGUUAAUGAUACGCAUUCUCGCGGACCAAGCGCAUCGCUGGCAGCAUCUCCAGCUUCACAAUAUGCUCGAGUCAACAGGACAUCUCUUAUUCGCUCACCCGACGCCGAUGCUCCGCUCGUUGGAGGUCGAAUACUGGGAGCUUCCGGCGCUGGAAGAAAACAAGGGACUGCUGCAGACCGUGGAGUCGCUCUCUUUUCCCGAGUUUUACCUUGAAGGACACGACGUUUGGAGCAUGGGAAUCAAUUGGGCCAUCCUGACGCAUCUCAAUGUCGGCAGAACGCACAAUCAGGAUAGGGACGAUGCGGGGCUCACGCUGGUAGAUGCGCUUGAAAUCCUCAAGCUCUGCACUCGUCUCCAAGACCUCAGGUUGCAAGCGCCGCGUGCGGUUUCCGGCGCGUCUUGGCCUAUGCUUGCCGAGCCCUUACCGGAGCUGCGGACACUGCUCAUCACAUACGAGCUGCACGGGGAGGACAUCACAAUAGAUGAAAGCUUCUGGCAAAGGCUGCCCAUGCUUCCCAAUUUGGAGCGCUUGGCUCUGUAUUGGGCUGAUCAGUCCUCUCCACAGGCCGUCGACGACCUGCUGCGCAAGACGUCGAAGCUGUGGUGGCUGUCGAUGACAUUGCGACUCGAGGACCCUCCCAAUUCAGACGACGAGGACGACCCCACCACAUCACCCCCACCGGAAACAACCAACACUAUUCACACGUUUGUCGCCCUGUUGCAGUGCUUGGGCUCUGGCGUCGUCUGUCCAGACUUGAAGACACUUUGUCUCGCUAACUGCUCUAUCCCGCUGGCGCCUGCUCUCAUCGACGCAUUCCUCACGACGCGCAUCACGCGCUUCCGCCACCUCGAGAUCGCCUACAACAUCACCGACCCCGAUGGCGACUACGGCCCGUUCCCCGAAGAGCGACUUGAUUACUAUGACGAGUGCGGCGUCGAGUUCGAAACAUCUCAUCCGACGAAUCCUGGCAAGUAUAAACACAUUUUGUCGGACGAUCAGGUCCGUGCCGGAGCGGAGGGUCGAAGGGUGAUACCGUUUGCCGGCCCAGACGACGAGGGCGACGAGGAUGAUGAAUAA